CAGUCAAUUUCUUCGGUUGACUAUUUUCUCCCUCCCCAAAUCUCCGAUUUACACCACAAGAAUGCUCUGCCUUAGCCGGAGAACAAACACCCACCACCGAGCCGAGGUCAAACGCGUCAUUUCACCCACCUCUUCCCUUCCCCGACGUUAGCUCCCGAUCCACCGCUCCGGGUCGGACUCGGAAUGGAGCUGCCGGUGGCAUUUCGAGCUCCGGCGCCUCCUCCGGCGAUUUCCGUCGGCGCUCGUGUUUGGGCGGCGGUUAGUUUUCCUGCGAAGAGGAGGAGGAUCGGGAGUGCCGCGGUUGUCAGAGUUAGAGCGACCACGGAGAGGACAAGCGGCGGCGGCGAUGCGGUGGACGGCGGAGCGGCGGCGGAGAUGGAUAAUUCUUCCGGUGCUGGAACAUUCGCCGGAGGACCGGCCAUGGAGGUGACCACACUGGGUCAGAACUUCCGGGAAGCUGAGUUGCCCGUCUGGGAGAAGAUCGGUGCCGUCGUCCGACUCAGCUAUGGAAUCGGCAUAUAUGGUGCAAUGGCUUUGGCGGGGAGGUUUAUAUGCUCAUUGACGGGAACAGACAGCACCGGUGGGUUCACGCCAACGUUAGACGCCAUUUUCAAUGGAUUGGGAUACGCUGUUCCUCCCAUCAUGGCCCUUCUUUUUAUACUAGAUGAUGAGGUGGUGAAGUUGUCGCCACACGCUCGUGCCAUUAGGGAUGUCGAAGACGAGGAUUUACGCAACUUCUUCUGCGGUAUGUCGCCUUGGCAAUUCAUUCUGAUUGUCGCUGCAAGCUCCGUCGGGGAGGAGCUCUUUUACCGAGCUGCUGUACAGGGCGCGUUGGCCAACAUAUUCUUGAGGAGCACAGAUUUAGUAACCGAUCCCCGCGGAAUGGCGUCUUUGACGGGUGUUUUGCCACCGUUUGUGCCGUUUGCUCAGGCGUUUGCUGCCGUUUUGACGGCGGCUCUCACUGGCUCUCUUUAUUACAUGGCUUCCUCUCCAAAAGAUCCCACAUAUGUUAUCACGCCCGUACUCAAAUCUCGUUCGGGUCGUGAAGAUUUCAAAAAGCUCUUUGCAGCGUGGUACGAGAGGCGGCAAAUGAAGAAGAUAUACUCUCCCUUGCUAGAGGCAUUCUUAGGACUCUACCUUGGAUUUGAAUGGAUACAGACAAACAACAUUCUUGCGCCGAUAAUUACGCACGGGAUAUACUCGGCUGUCGUGUUGGGACACGGAUUGUGGAAGAUCGACGAUCACCGGAGAAGGCUACGCCAGAGGAUCCAACAACUCAAACACGAAGGAGAAGGAGGAGGGGGGAAUCAAUGAUUCGACAUUUUUGGAGGGCCUUUUGACAAUUUUGUAAUUAAGUAAGAGACUGUGCCAAUUGGGGCUGCAAAUUGUAUUUCAUGUAUUUGUGUCUGUUUGUGUAUAUAUAUGCUUUGAAGGUGAAACUUUGCACAAUGGAAAAACAUAACCAAUGAAAAUGUUAUUGUACCUGGGAACAUAUAUCAAUAAUAAUAAUAAUAAUAAAUUUAUGUGAAUUUA